GCUUCUAUGAAGGCUGUGAAAAAAGUUUUAAUACAGAGUUGGAUUACAGCUCUCGAGCUCAAAACAUUGGCCAUUACACUACCUUCUUAAAAGCCUUCUGUAACACAGAGCACAGAAUAGAGCAGAUUUCUUACAUUUUCUGGACCAUAGAUGAAUUUUGAAUGACUCUUUGUAUCUCGAUGGAAGAUAUAUUAACUUUAUUAACUGGAAUCUAUAACUGAUCACUUGUGAGUGUGUGUAUGUGUAUACAUACAGAUAUAUAUCUAUUUAAAUCCUUAUCAUGAUUUUCUUUCAAGUGUAUCUAAAAUUUGCUCUAAGAAAUUACAUUCCUAGAUGAACUUACAAUUGUUUUGAGCUGUAAAGAGACAGAUAUUUACUCUCAGAUGUUGGAAUCCUUUGUGAGUUUGUAAGAGAAAUUUUGGAAGCUUUUCUUUUCUGUGCUGGUGAUAGAGAAAUGCAUUUCAAAACAGAUAUCUCCAGCUGUAUGACGACAACUGCAUAGUAACCUGUGGAUUUUAAACAUCAGAAUGUACAAACCGUGGGCAACUGUGAAUAUUUUGAUAGUUUCAUUUCUACAUCUGCUGCAGGGAUCUGACUAUGAGAAUGGAUCUGUGAAGAGGACAUCUUUGUCAGCAUUGGAGCGGUCAGAACAGCAGAUCAGGAGAGCAUCCAGCCUGGAAGAGUUGCUUCGCAUCACUCACUCAGAGGACUGGAAGCUGUGGAAAUGCAGGCUAAAACUCAAGAGUCUGGCCAAUCUAGAUUCCCGCUCUGCAUCACAUCGCUCCACCAGAUUUGCUGCUGCUUUCUAUGAUAUUGAUACACUGAAAGUCAUAGACGAGGAAUGGCAAAAGACUCAAUGUGUGCCAAGGGAAACCUGUGUGGAAGUUGCCAAAGAGCUGGGCACAACAACCAACAAAUUUUUCAAGCCUCCCUGUGUGAACGUGUUCAGAUGUGGAGGCUGCUGCAACGAGGAGAGUCUGAGCUGCAUGAACACAAGUACAACUUAUGUGUCGAAAACGCUCUUUGAGAUCUCGGUUCCCUUGACAAGUGUUCCUGAGCCUGUGCCAAUCAAAAUUGCCAAUCACACAGGCUGUAAGUGUCUAUCAAAUACCCAGCGCCAUCAGUACACCAUCAUACGAAGAUCUGUCCAGUACCCAGAAGAAGACGGAUGCCCCUUUACCAACAAACUUUGCCAUAACGGGUGGAUCUGGGAUAGUGACAAGUGUGAAUGUGUGGUAGAUGUUGAGCACCCCAACAGAAGAGAAGGACUCCCCCCUCUUGCUGAGCUGGCUAUGUGUGGACAACAUAUGGAAUUUGAUGAAGAAAACUGUGAAUGCACCUGUAGACAGAAGUGUCCCACAGAUUUCUUUCAAAGUAAAGAGAACUGCAGCUGCUAUUUGUGUAGGGAGAGCCAGGAGAGCUGUGCCCUAAAACACAAGAUAUUUCAUGCUGAAACCUGCAGCUGUGAGGACAAAUGUCCAUCACAACCCAGAACGUGCCCAACUGCAAAACCAACGUGUUCCAGGCACUGUCGUUGUCCAAAGGAGAAGAGAGGAUCUCACGGGUCUCAAAGCAAAGAAACUCCCUGACUGAGCUUCCCCUAUUCUCUGAAAAUCCACUGCUUUGCAAAGUAGCUGUCACUGACUUUUGAACCAUAGCAAACAAGAACAACUUCCACGUUAACAGCGGAAGAAUGAAUCCAGUCUGCAUUUAUUUAUUAAUCACUAACUGCAGGUGAACCCUCUGGGACAUUGACAAUUGUUCUCUAAGAGGUAACAACCAAUGGAUUGCUGUCUGUGUGGAAGAAAAAGUGGAAAGAGCCAGCUCAAUUUUACGGAAGAUGAAGCUGGCACAUUGGUAACUGAGUCAGAGUCACAGUCACAAGCCAAUCUUUGAGAAAUGAAGACUAGAUAAUCUUAGCCUCUGUAUUUUUAGCUAAUGCAGCUCCUGGGUGAAACCUUCUUCAGAAAUUCAGUGUACAGGAUUUGGCUUCUAAUAGGUUCAGCACUGAGUUAUUUGAUCUACUGUCCAGCUUUGAUUAUCAUUUUGAAUUUAUUGUACAACUACUGUCAGAUGUGCCAUAUUUAAGUGUAUAUAAGAAAAUAAAUACAUCAGUUAUUCGA